AUGUUUCCUUUGUUCAUCAACAUGAUGCAUUCUCUAUGUGCGGCUCCGUAUCACCAGCACCCCAACGAGGCCAAUGCUGCCCUCUUGUCUGAUGACUUUGAGACAGUAGAGAUGACCACUAGAAUACGUACCCGUGAUGGAAUAGUAGUCGAGUUACCGUACAGAACAGCAAUGCAACAUGUUCCUUUGGGUAAUUUGUGCUUCCCUUACAUAAAUUCUGCCUAUGAAAACUUGGUCGCUGCUGCAUGUGGCUAUGUUCAAGCACUAAAUUUUGCUCGUCCACAGAUGUUUUUACCAAUUAUGCCAGGGACAGACACCAGUGAAACCUUGGUAAGAAAACAGGAGUUGGACAAGAGGCAAGAAAUUGAACGCAGCGGUAAUCUCAACCAGAUAGCGAACGCUGAAUGCCAAGACAAGAUGAUUCAUCGCGGUUCUCCGCUAAACAAAUUGCAACCAUGCUUAAAACUGAACCAUUCAGCGUUAGAGGAUGCAUUUAGUACUACACGUCCUCGUACAGACUUCACGGAAACGAAAAAAAGCUGUGAUUCGAUGGAUUUGAACCUAGCAAAGUCGCAGGAUGUGCUUGAGCAUCAACAAGAAACUAAUGAAAUAGGUGGUGCUGGUACAUUUGAAGAACUUGGCGAGAAGUUCAUAAACAAGGAACAUGUGGUUGAUGAUCCAGUGCAAGUGAUCAAGGAGCGAUUUGAAUGCCAAUUUAUGGCAAGCAAUAGUACAUCAAGCACUGAAUCGUGGUGCACAGCGGACAAUGAGUUAACAUCAGACGAAGCAACUGAACAUAGCUCGGUUGACGAAGAGGUAUGCGAAAAGAAGCUAAUACAGCUCUUGUACGAUCAUGGCAAGCUGCCGAUGACCGGAUUAUACACGAAAUUGGAUGGGCACGAAACUGGUGCUGGCACAAGUUAUGAAAGUUUGAAUGCGAGAAUGAUUGUAGAGGCACGUGACACAGAGCAAAACACCCUCAAAAAAAGACAGCAGUUCGUGAAGUUACCGAUAUCUCGUGAAUCGAGUACUAAUUUAUUUGCUCAAUCGAGAGUUAUGAACAGGGCGCGUACGUCCCUUUUGCCUUCUAUAGAAAAGCAUCCUCUCAAACAGAAAUUACGAGCAGUCUCAAGGAGUGUUGAACAACGGAUCAAACCCAUUCCAGUAAAAUCGUUGUUCCGAUGGAAUAACAUGACGAGUGGAUGUGACGAAAUCAACGAUGGGGUAGAACAACGACGAUUCCCGCAUGCGCAAGAGGAGAAAACUGUGACAUGUGCUUCGGAAAAGGAUGUAUUGACGAGUGGCCAGGAAACGAUUGAGUGCUUGGAACCAAUGCUGUUUUCCAGGCAGCAAAGCCUUACAAAACCUGAUGUCGAUUCGCUCUUGGCUGUUCAGUCAAUGCCAGGGGAUAGGUACACAACUGUGGAAUCACCUGGUGAUCCAAAGACGCAGACUCAGAAUCUAGAAGAUUUAUUAGAUGCCUAUGACCAAAGGAUAUUGAAUAUGGAAUGUGAUUGCGUGCUAAGUAAUGAAAAGUGUGUUUUCAGUACUAAAGUUUGCACAUUGCUUCGGAAUAUGCUAAAUACGGAGGAAAAUAUGAGUUACGGUAGUUUUGUAGAAAAUGAGGAGAAAGCCUUAUCAGCGAUGACAAUUUCGUUGAACGUUCUUGAUAGCGAUCUGGCUGCCAUCCCAGAAUACGAGAAGAUGAGAAGUAAAAUGGUAGAAAAAAGAUGUUUGGUGUUAGAAGACUUGUCAGCAAACAAAAACAUCGGACUGUUAGAUCGUGCAACGAUUUUAUCACCGGAGUACUGCCAAGCGAUGAAAGAUUUGGUUUGCGUUGGUCAGUAUUUAAUGAUGAGUUUGCUCUUAAAGGAUCAGAUUCGUAUGGAAGACCUUAGUCAAUUCAUAAAAAUUAUCCGUUUUAUGACCCAAUUUGUGGAAGAGGUGGGUGACCGAGUCACAUAUAUCGAAAUUUGUCUUGCAGGUGACUGCCAAAGUCUUACGGCACAUCAGUUUCUAAGGUCAUUCAGCGCGUAUCGCGAUAUUAGCUUUUACCAUAAAAUUAACGCUGAUCAACUGAAAAUUAUGGAAAUGAUGUGUCGCGCUGUUCAUCAAAUAUUUAAACAUAUUGAGCAGUCAAGCCAGGUUAGGUAA